ACGGUCGGCCGAGACGGGUGUUUUAUUCUUUCUCUCGUUUCCUCGGAGGGGACGCGAACGAAAUAGUGCAACACUGUCGGCCGAGACUUCGCGCCCGUUCGUAAAAUUCAAAGCCCCCUCGCAUGCGCGCAUACUUAAUCGGAAACGCGGUUACAGAAAGGUCGAGCUGAAACUUAAUUUCCAUUUAAAUAAGUUUAAAGGAAAUUAACGAGCGACGAGGCGCGCCAGUGGGGCUGCCGGUUAUAAGAGGUCGUUUCGACUUGGCCGAUUCUCAGUCCUCUUCAGAGUCUGCUGAGACAUUUCGCGAGGCCCGAUUGUUCCCCCUUCCCUUCGUUACCAAUCGCGGUGAAUUUUUACGCAUGGUGCCAUAGUGAACUAAGUCGUAAACAGUGAAAUUCCCGGCGGAAAACCGCACCGGCCCAGCAUGAGGACUAAAACGGAGACAGACGCCACGUGCAACGGAUUCAAGAUGGCCGCCCCCGAGCCCGGAGAGGAACUCGUCAUUUCUGGGAUUUCCGGUCGUUUUCCGGAGUCCAACAACAUGAUGCACUUCUGGGAGAAUCUCAUGAACAAGGUGGACCUGGUUACCGACGACGAUCGCAGGUGGAAAUUAGAUCACCCUGAAAUCCCCCAACGUACCGGGAAAAUUAACAAUGUGGAAAAAUUCGACGCCGUCUUCUUCGGGGUGCACUUCAAGCAAGCACAUACCAUGGACCCCAUGUGCAGGAUGAUUUUGGAACACACUUAUGAGGCCAUUAUAGAUGCUGGAAUCAACCCUCGAUCAUUAAGGGGAACCAAAACCGGAGUUUUCAUCGGCGCGUGCUUUUCCGAGUCUGAGAAAACUUGGUUCUACGAGAAGCUACAGGUUAAUGGAUUCGGCAUCACAGGGUGCAGCAGAGCCAUGUUGGCGAACAGGAUCUCCUAUUGGCUAGGAAUUAAUGGACCUAGUUAUACAGUGGAUUCGGCAUGUAGCUCCAGUCUUUUCGCCAUGGAGCAUGCCUACAGGGCGAUAAAAAGCGGACAAUGCGACGCCGCCAUUGUUGGAGGAGCGAAUCUGUGUCUUCACCCUUACGUGUCCCUGCAGUUCUCGCGUUUAGGUGUAUUGUCACCUGAUGGACGAUGCAAGUCCUUCGACGCCGAUGCCAAUGGAUACACUCGGAGCGAAACCGUCGCCGUGGUUUAUCUCCAAAAAGCGAAAAAUGCUAAGCGAAUCUACGCCACUUAUGUUCACGGGAAGACUAAUUGCGAUGGCUUUAAGGAACAAGGAAUCACAUUUCCCUCCAGCGUGAUGCAGGGAGUCUUGUUGAAGGAGUUCUACGACGAGUGCGGUUUGCCUCCGAGUAUUCUAUCCUACGUUGAAGCCCAUGGAACAGGAACCAAGGUCGGCGAUCCUGAAGAACUGAACGCCCUGGAGAAGGUUUUCUGUCCUGAUCGCACAACUCCUUUGAGGAUUGGAUCCGUAAAGUCGAAUCUUGGUCACUCGGAGCCUGCGAGUGGUUUGUGCUCCGUGGCGAAGGUCCUGAUCGCGAUGGAGUCUGGAUACAUUCCGCCGAAUCUGCAUUAUAAGCGACCUAGGGAGGGGGUGAAAUCUCUGGAGGAGGGAAAAAUCCAGGUGAUCACCGAACCCACCCCCUGGGAAGGAGGAUAUGUCGGGAUAAACUCCUUCGGAUUCGGCGGGGCGAAUGCCCACAUUUUGCUGAAAUCCAACGACAAGGAGAAAAAAAAUGGCGGCGCCCCUGAAGACGAUCUGCCCAGACUCGUCGCCAUUUCCGGUCGCACCGAGGAAGCUGCGGAAGCUCUCUUAGGAGAUAUCCUCAGUCGGCCCGUCGAUGUUGAGCACUUCCGGCUUCUGCACGACGUCCACCUACACGACAUUCCAGGACAUCUUUACCGUGGAUUCGUGAUGAUGCCACCCCAUGGAGUGGCUAAAAACCCCAUCAAAGUCAUCGACCACUACCCAGGAAGCAGACGGCCACUCUGGUUCGUCUUUUCCGGGAUGGGGUCUCAGUGGGCCGGGAUGGGGGAGUCUCUGCUGCGACUUCCGGUCUUCGCGGAGGCCAUCAAAAAAUGCGACGCCGUCCUGAGGCCUCGCAAGGUCGACAUCUACGACAUCCUGACCAACAAGGACAAGAAGACGUUCGACAACAUCCUGAACUCCUUCGUGGGAAUCGCUGCGGUCCAAAUCGGUUUGGUGGAUAUCUUGACGUCAUUGGGCAUUGUUCCUGAUCGCAUAAUUGGGCAUUCCGUCGGAGAGCUGGGAUGUGCAUAUGCAGAUGGAUGCUUUACGGCUGAGCAGAUGAUCCUUUCUGCAUAUUCUCGAGGCUUGGCUUCUAUCGAAACGAAAUUUAUCCACGGGUCCAUGGCUGCUGUCGGCCUAGGGUACGAAACCCUGAGGGAGAUGUGUCCUCCGGAUAUUGAAAUAGCGUGUCGUAAUUCUGCUGAUAGCGCCACUAUCAGUGGACCUGCGGAGUCGAUGAAAACCUUCGUCAGCCAGCUACAGGCGAAAGGCGUCUUCGCGAAGGAGGUGCCCUGCAGCAACAUCCCUUAUCACAGUCGAUACAUAGCAGCGGCGGGUCCGAAACUGCUGUCUUAUCUCCAGGAGGUGAUACCAGCUCCGAAAGCUCGAAGCACAAAAUGGCUUAGCACCUCCGUGCCUCGCAGCCAGUGGAACACGACGAAAGCUCGGCUUUCAUCUGCGGAAUACCACACGAACAAUUUGUUGAGCCCGGUUCUCUUCGAGGAGACCUCAGCCCUGAUCCCGAAGGACGCCGCGACGAUCGAGAUCGCCCCCCACGGGCUGCUGCAGGCGAUCCUGAGGAGGUCCUUGCCAGAGAGCGUAAUGAACAUCCCGAUGACCCAGCGAGGACACAAGGACAACGUGGAGGUGCUUCUUCAGGGUAUAGGGAAGCUCUUCAACGUGGGCUUCCAGCCAGACUUGAGGAAACUUUAUCCUGAAGUCCAGCUCCCAGUUAGUCGAGGAACUCCCAUGAUCGCGCCGCAUAUUAAAUGGGAACAUUCUGACGACUGGUACGUCACGUCCUACAGGAUGCAGGAGAAGAUCGUCUCCGGGGAGAGGAUCGUCGAAGUCACUUUGGCUGAUGAGGAUUUCGAGUUCAUGGCGGGGCAUGUUAUCAGUGGGAGGAACCUCUUACCUGCUACUGGAUAUCUUGCUUUGAUAUGGGAAACCGUGGGCAUGAUGAGGGGAGAGUUGUAUACAGAGGUCUCCGUUGUCUUUGAGGAUGUUAAGUUCCUCAGGGCUACCAACAUCCCGAAGGAAGGGGACGUGGAACUCACGCUGAUGGUGCAGAAAGGGUCUGGAAGAUUCGAGGUCGUAGAAGGUGGUGCAGCAGUGGUCAGCGGAAUCGUGCGAGCCGCGACGAACGUCGCCCAAGAGAUGUUAAAUCCUAAAUUCAUGAAGCCGAUAGAUGACGAAGAGUACCAUCUGAAGACCCGGGACAUUUACAAGGAAUUCCGACUUCGUGGGUACCAGUACAGCGGCUUGUUCCAAGGUUUGAAGAGGGCCACGACUACCGGAAGUAGAGGGGAGAUUGUCUGGAACAACAAUUGGAUCGCCUUCAUGGACAACAUGCUGCAGAUGAAGCUUUUAGGACAGGACACGAGAGGCCUUUACGUGCCGACAGGGAUCGAAAAACUGGUGAUCGACACCAAGACUCAUCUGAAUCAAAUUCGAGCCUUCACCGAAGAAGAAAAGUGUUUCACCGUUCACGUGUACCCGAAUCUAAACGCAGUCGUUGCUGGGGGUAUCGAAAUUCGAGGUCUGAAAGCGAAUGCCAUAAGCAAGAGGAAGUUAACAGGAGAGCCGGUCCUGGAAGAGUAUAAAUUCCUGGCCCAUGAAGAUCGAGCCGAAAUGUCUCUUCAACAUGCGGUGCGUCUUGCUGCCCAUUUAGCCCUAGAAAAUCACCUGACCAUAAAAGUGAAGUGCAUCGAGCUGUUGAACGAGUCCGACAAGAAGGACGUGGAGGACGUGGUAUCGCCGAUCCUGCUCGAGGUCCUGGGAGACUUGCCGUUGAUGCAGGCAGACAUCACGAUCCUGGCGCCUGCAGACUCCUUCGAAGAAGGUGUCAUCCCUGCAGAGAUAGUCCUGGCCGAGCCCAAGAAGCUCCCCUCGGACACGAGUGCCCUCAUCGUCGUCGGCAGAGGAUUGCUGGAAGACAAGCAGCAGGAACAAAGAAGUCUGCUCCUGCCAGCCCUGAAGGAGGCAGGAUUCGUCAUCACCAGAGAGUCCCCUGACCUGGAGGACAUCGCCGGCAGGGCUCUGAAAUUCGGCUUGAACGUUAUCCUGCAGAAACGCACCGGCAACGAGUUGCUGGUCCUCCUGAGGAAGAGGGAGAAAUCGCCGACGAGGACCGUCGUAGUCUUCGUCAGGAACGAGGAUUUCUCCUGGGUCUCCGAGCUGCAGAAGGCCACGAAGGAGGAGGUCGAGAAGGAGGUGGAAGGGAUCUCCAGGAUCAUCCUGGUUAGCCAGGGCGAUUUCGAAAGUGGCCUGGUUGGCUUCUUGAACUGCAUCAGGAAGGAGCCAGGUGGGGAGACGGUCAGGGGAGUGUUGAUCCAGGACGAAAAGGCGCCGAAGUUUUCGUUGGCGGAUCCCUUCUACCAGAAGCAGCUGCAGCUGGACCUGGUGCUGAACGUGCUGCACCCUGGGAGAAUCUGGGGAUCCUACAGGCACUUCAAGCUCCCUCCCAUGGAGCCAGUCCCCGUAGAGCAUGCCUGGGUGAAUCAGCUGGUGCACGGCGAUCUGGGUAGCCUGAAGUGGCUGCAAGGACCUCUCGAAAAUGUCCAGGACAAGAGGCUGGUGAACAUCGUCUACUCCGCCAUCAAUUUCCGCGACGUCAUGCUGGCCACUGGCAAGCUGUCCGCCGACGUCAUCGCCAAGACCAGGAUGGACCUGGAGUGCGUGAUCGGGUUCGAGUUUAGCGGGAUGGACGCAUCGGGAAGGAGAGUGAUGGGUAUGCGCGAAACCCGGUGCAUGACGAAUCGAUGCAUCAUGGACGAGCACAUCACCUGGACCAUCCCCGAAGACUGGACCAUGGAGGAUGCUGCUACGGUCCCCUGCGUCUACGGGACCGCCCUAUACGCGAUGGUGAUCAAAGGAAAGAUGCAGAAGGGGGACAGGGUCCUGAUCCACGCAGGAAGUGGUGGAGUGGGUCAAGCAGCCAUCCACGUGGCGCUCUUCGUCGGCUGUGAGGUCUUCACCACGGUUGGCACCCCGGACAAGAGGAGGUUCAUCAGGGAGACCUUCCCCUCGAUUCCUGAUGACCAUAUCGGGAACUCCAGGGACAUCAGCUUCGAGCAAAUGGUCAUGAGGCAGACCAAGGGUCAAGGGGUGGACAUCGUCCUGAAUUCCCUGGCGGAGGAGAAGCUGAAGGCCUCCGUGAGGUGCCUCGCCAAGGGCGGGAGGUUCCUUGAAAUUGGGAAGUUCGACAUGGCGGCCAAUAAUCCUUUGGGCAUGGAUGCCUUCCUCAAGGAGAUCAGCUUCCACGGCGUCAUGCUGGAUAAUAUAUUCGCCGCUCCGGAUGAAGUUAGGGCCGAGCUGAACAAAAUCGUGGCUGAGUACAUGAAGAAUGGAUGUAUCAAACCUCUGACCAGGACCGUGUUCCCGAAGGAUCAGGUCGAGGCCGCCUUCCGGUACAUGGCUGCGGGGAAACACAUCGGCAAGGUGCUGAUACGAGUCCGCGACGAGCAGGAGUCCUUGAACGCGAAGAUACUGGCCUUGCCGCGCUUCUUCUGCAAGGAUGACCACAGCUACGUCAUCCUGGGAGGUCUCGGAGGAUUCGGCUUGGAGUUGGCCGACUGGCUGGUUAUGAGAGGAGCCAGGAACCUGGUCCUGACUUCUCGAGCCGGCUUCAAGAACGGGUACCAGGUCAUGCGAGUAAGGAUCUGGAAGAGCUACGGGGUCAAAGUCGAGAUCGUCACCGGGAGGGACUCCUCGAUUCGCGAGGAUUGCGAGGACAUCCUGAAGAAGGCGAAGGCCCUGGGCCCGGUGGACGGGAUCUUCAACCUGGCGGUGGUCCUGAAGGACAACCUGUGGGAGAACCAGACCCCGGAGUCCUUCGAGGAGUCCUUCAGGGCGAAGGCGUGGGCCACGAAACAGCUCGACCAGCUCUCCAGGAAGAUGUGCCCUGGCCUCAGGCAAUUCGUCGUCUUCUCUUCUGUCUCUUGUGGUCGAGGAAACGCUGGACAGACCAAUUAUGGAAUGUCCAACUCCGUUAUGGAAAGGAUCUGCGAAAAGCGCAGAAUUGAAGGAUUUCCGGCUCUGGCGGUGCAGUGGGGUGCAGUCGGCGACGUCGGCCUCGUCGCCGAGAUGCAGGAGGACCACAAGGAACUCGUCAUCGGGGGCACUUUGCAACAGAGGAUCUCCAGUUGCCUGCAGGAACUCGAUGGAUUCCUGCAGCAGGAUCGACCUAUCGUGGCCAGCAUGGUCGUUGCCGAAAAGAGAUCAGGUGGUGCCGGAGCUACUGAUAUCGUUGGCACUGUCCUCAACAUCAUGGGACUGAAAGACCUGAAGACCGUAAGUCAGCAUACCCCUUUGGCAGAGCUGGGCAUGGACUCGAUGAUGGCCGUGGAGAUCAAGCAGACCCUGGAGAGGGAAUUCGAGAUCUUCCUCACGGCGCAGGACAUCCGCAGCUUGAAUUUUGCGAAGCUGAUCGAGAUACAAAUGAAGGAAAAGGACGAGGAGAAAAAACGGGGCCGGAAGUCGGGCUCGGAUUUGGACGCCCCGACUGGGCUGAGGAUCUUUGUUCGCACGGUGGGACUCGAGAACGAGCACAGGGAACCCUUCAUGAAGCUGAACACGAAGUGCGAGGAAGGCAGAAACGAAGUAUUCCUCAUUCCUGGGAUUGAGAGCUGUGGAACCAUCUUUGAAACCCUGGCGACGAGGCUGAAGUCGCCCGCCACGUGUCUUCAGCUCACACAUAGAAACGACCUGAAGACCAUCGAAGACAUGGCUCGUGAGUUCAUACCGGGCGUCCUUUCCACCUGCAAGGACCGCAGGAGCUUUGUCAUUGCUGGUUAUUCUUUCGGGACGUUAAUAGCGAUCGAGCUUGCGAGGAUGUUAGAAGCGGAAGGCCUUAAUGGUAGAUUGAUCCUCAUAGAUGGAUCUCCUGAACUCAUGAAAGCCAUUAUUUCUCAGCAUUUGACCUCCACUAACGAAGGCGAUUUCCAAAAUACUGUUCUUUUGGGGGUGAUGGACAUGGUGGCUCCGGCAUUUAAUGCGCAGCUCGCCGUGGAGUUGGAGAAGUGUGCGACGAUGACGCAAAGAAUAGAGGCGUACAUGAACCUGAUACCUGACGGAGUUCUGCAGUUUAGCAAGGAAGAUCAGAUGCAUUUCUUGACAGCUAUUUAUUCACGUCUGAGCGCGGUUAUAGAGUACGAUUGUGCCCCGCUUCCACCAAUCAGGUCGCCGAUUACUUUGAUUAAACCUGUUCGAAUAUCCGCAAAGACUCUUUCCGACGAUUACGGUCUUCAGAAGGUCACACGAGAUAAGGUGGAGAUUUACACCGUGGACGGAAACCACAUUACUAUCCUGGACGACCCCAGGGUCGCCGUGGCCAUCAAUGGCGAUCCCUUGGAAGACGCCGCGACUUUCAAAGCCAGUAUCAUGGAAGAUGGAAAGAUCCUGGCGCCGAUUACCACGGACGAGCACCAUAGAUCGUAGGAAAGCGACCUUUUGUGCAAGCGUGCACAGUUUCCCGGAUCCAGAUGAGCUUCUAAGCUUUCGUGUUCUAGCUUGAAUGGAACUAGAUGUAAGCAAGCGGUUUCCAAGAUGGCGGCGCCCGUGCAGACGUCCGCCAUCUUGGACGCGCUACCAUCUUGGGAACUCCACUACGGCGGAUAUCAAACCAAAACCCAAUUUCCCGAUCCCCACGCGAUCGAGACUUAAAAAAGCCGUCUCGAUUUGUAGAAGCGCUGCUCAAGUUUUCGAAAAUCAUGAUUCUUCCGCGAAAUAUGCCGAGUUUCAACUUCUAAACGUCUCGUUAAGAUCCACCCCAAGGCUCUGAAGGUGACGAAUGGAAUUUUAUAAUAAAUAUUAGGGAACUAAUAUUAUAAUUGUCCUGUAUUUCGAUCGGAGGAAAAUGUCUCCCCGAAGAGACUAGAGAAUUGGGCAUCUUUCAAUUUCCGCCGCCAUUGCUUCUUUCAAUCAAACUCACAUGCUCGUUUUUGCAACACCGCGGGCAGUAAUAUUGUUAUCCAGUCGAUUAUACCUUUUUUCUUAUCGAUUGCAGACUGUCGCUCUUUUGAUUUAGUGUUCUUAAGUGUUGCACAUGUACAAGAUCAAGGAAUAAAACCGUUUGUAAAUAUUCA